CGGCAGGCGCAGCAUCCUGGAGAGCGGGAGGCCGGGAACAAAGGCUCCGCGUCCGCCCCGGCGGCUGCACCUGCCCUGCCCAGCGGAGAUGGCGUCCCUCGGCUUAGGGGGGCUCAACGUCUCGGCCCGGAGGAAGAGCGUCCCGUCCCGCAACGCCCAGCCUCCUCCAUCCAUCCUGACUCAGCUCCUGCGGGAGCGUUCGCGGAGGGUGUCCGGGCAGCGGGCGAGGGGCAGGGGCUCGCCGGGCAGAGCCGCUGCUGCGGGGCGUCGAAUGGCCUCUUCUGAGGCGGGGGAUGAGAGGUUUGCUCUCGGCACCAUGCUUGCGUUCUCGGGCAAAAGGCGGUGCGGGAGCAAGGCAAGGCAGGUUGGGCACCGUGCUUGCGUUCUCGGGCAAAAGGCGGUGCGGGAGCAAGGCAAGGAAGAGGUUGGAGCCGCCGCGGAGGCCGCUGACCGUGUGCUCCUGCGAGCGCGCCGGUGCCGCAGGAGCAUCCCGGAGAGGCUGCGCUCCGGGAUAUUUUUAUCUACGAAAUCUAGAUCAGGAGAUCUGCAGUUUUCAGUCAAGACUCUGAUUGACCGUUCCUGUUUCGAAACUAUUGAUGAUACUUCCCCCGAAUUUAAUAAUUUUGCAGCCAUUCUGGAACAGAUUCUAAGUCAUCGACUGAAAGGUCAGAUCACCUGGUUCGGCUAUGAAAGUCCUCGUAGUUUCUGGGACUACAUUCGCGUAGCUUGCCGAAAAGUCUCUCACAAUUGCAUCUGCAGUAUUGAGAAUAUGGAGAAUGUCGGUUCUUCUAGAGCUAAGGGUCGAGCAUGGAUAAGAGUAGCACUUAUGGAAAAACAUUUGUCUGAAUACAUUUCCACAGCUCUGAGAGACUUCAAAACAACCAGGAGAUUUUAUGAAGAUGGAGCAAUUGUUCUUGGUGAAGAAGCAAAUAUGCUUGCUGGUAUGCUGUUGGGACUCAAUGCAAUUGAUUUCAGUUUUUGUCUGAAGGGUGAGGGAUUGGAUGGAAGCUAUCCAGCUGUCAUAGAUUAUACACCAUACUUGAAGUUCACCCAAAGUUCUGACAGUAUCAGCAGUGAUGAGGAAGAGCUGAGAACACUGGGCAGUAGUGGCAGUGAAGGCAGUACUCCAGAGAACAUUGGUCCUCCUUUCAUCACAGAUGAAAACAGUUGGUACAACAAAUGCAAAAGGGUAGAACAGAAGUACCGGCUUGCAUUGGAACAGAAGGGUUAUCUUGAAGAAUUGGUACGACUCAGAGAAAACCAGCUGUCUGAAUCUGUCUCACAGAAUAAACUGCUCUUACAAAGAAUUGAAGAUAUGGAUCUAGCCCACAAAAUGGAGAAGGAGCAGCUGGAAUAUAUCAUUGUGGAACUGCAAGACCAGUUAACUGUGCUAAAGAAUAAUGACUUGAGAUCAAGACAAGAAUUAACUACUCACCUCACCAAUCAGUGGCCUUCCCCAGGAGCUCUGGAUGUCAAUGCUGUUGCCUUGGACACUCUACUCUAUAGAAAGCACAAUCAACAAUGGGAUGAGAAAAGUUUUCAAAGUCUGGACCAACUUUCAGCAGAAGUUAGUCUUUCUCAAUCCUCUCUGGAUCCAGGUCACUCACAGGAUGGGAAGCAAGAUGGAAUUAACUUGUUGAAUGAAGGAAAAGAAGACACACCAUCAUUGCUUGGUCUUUGUGGCUCUCUUACAUCAGUAGCAAGCUACAAGUCUCUCACAAGUCUGAAAUCAAGUGAAUACCUUGCAAGUCCCACAACGGAGAUGACAAGUCCAGGCUUAACACCAUCUUGAGAUGCACUUAAGAAGGAAGAGCUUUCUGUUGUAUGCAUUUGGUUUAUCCAUAAGAUGACUUGAAGACUGCUAGUUCUGAGUUUAAAAAAAGCUGCUUUAUUUUUUUCUUGUCAUGGAUGCCUUUAUAAUUCACAAAUUUGCUUUUUCUUUUCCCCAGAGGACUUUUCAGAUAUUCUAUUUUAGUCUGGAAUUAUUUAAAUCUCUUGAUCAGGUACAGAAUGUAUAAUCUGGUGUUUAUGACUGGUUUUUAAAAUGAAACAGUUGGAAAUCAGACCCAUACUUAAAUGCUGUCAGCUUUGUUUCUCCUUGCACUACCCUGGACCAUCUCUAGCCACGUACUCUGCAGUGCUUUAAGUAUUUAUCAACUCCUGCAGAACAGACAGGGAAUCCUGAACACCAGUCUUUGUAGGCAAAUAAAUACCUAAAAAUCCAGCUUUUCAUCUGUGUAUGUUGUGUAGGACUUCAGAUAGCAUAUUUAACCUAUCAACAGCUUUUCUCAAGUUGACUCAGUGUUAGGUUUUUGCAUUCCUAUUAAUAUCAUGGCACUUAGGAGAUGACCCAGUCACACUGAAACACAAACUCUUGAAAUUGCAUGUGAAUAACAAAUGUAACUUGAUCAUACAAAUCAAGCAUACAUAGCGAUUUCUAAAUGGUGAGCAAAGUCACUAAAUGCUUUUAAGUGGCCUGGGUUACAGAUAAUCUAACAUUAUACAGAAGUUUCUUGCUGAAAAGCUGGGGACUAUGGAUGAUGGGAGUACGCAUCUUUGAAGUUUGGAUUCUGUGUUUAUUGGCAAGAUCCCAAGGAAAGUGAAAAAGGGGAAAGAAUGUAAUGACUGUAUUUGUGCGUUAAGACUUCUCUCAUCCCUGUAGCAGUGCAGUUGGUAUUUUUCUUGCUUAGGUAAUACAGCAGAAUUUCUGUAAGUCAGUUUUCUCAAAUUACUUGCCAUUGAUUUAAAUUACUGAUAGGAGGAAAAAAAAGGGAGACAUUUUUUAAAAUGUAACUAACUUUCCAGAUUACCCUACAGUUUCAAAGUUUGCAAAAUAAUUUUUGAAUUGCAAACUAUAUUCUUAAUUCUUUGUAAGAUACAAUGGAUCCUUUAUCUAUGAAUUUUGCUAAUCAAGGUAAUGCUUAUCAGUAUGAUUAGUAACUUUUUAAACAAAAGUGAAAUGCAUGUACGUAUGUUGUAUUUAUAAGUGCUAGGGAAAAUGCUUUUUUGUGCCAAAGAAGUUUCAUACAUUGUUUACAUGAGUAGCUGCAAUACAAGACAGAUUUUUAAUUAUUGCUUACUCCUAGGUGUUUACAGUAUGUCCCUACACUCUGUACGAGUUUAGUUGAUUUGCCUCUUGUGAUGAUACCUUGGCACUACUACUUUUAACUGGUCAUCAUAGGGAGGGCUUGAAAGAAAGACAAUUUGUUCUUACCUUAACUGAAAUAUUUAGUCUUUUUAAUUAUGAGGCUAUGCAUUUCUGGAACUCAAGGCACUGUUGGAUUUAGCUAGAGGAUAAGAAUCCAUCUCCUCAACUCUCUAGUCCAUGCUGCUGGAGGUCACUACAUCCAUAGCAGGGUACACAAGCACUUAUGCUAUUUUAAUGCAGAAUUUUAAAGCAGUUAACAAAACCACCAGGUCUUUCAAGCCCUCAUGUACCCACACAGGUAAUUUCUCUGUAAUAAACUCUGACCAUUAAAUCCUUUCAUACACCUUGAGAAUGUCCAUUACUUCAUGAAACUUUUUUUUUUGUUAACACA